ACCAUAUCAGUAAUCACGUCCCUGCUACAUGGAAAGGGGGAAUUGUCAGGUUUUGCUAAUUUGAUAUCAAAAUGCCUGUAAAUCAGACCAGAUCCAGGAUGAGAGAUCAGAAUGACCCGAUCAACAGACUGGAGUUUAUUUCACUGAACCAGCCUCUCAGAAAUAGCAACGAAGCACGGGGGACAUUAAGACGGCAUGGUUCACUGAAACGCCAGCCAAGCCAACAGCAGCAGCAGCAGCAGCAACCUCAAAAUGUGCAGCAGGAGCCACUUGAAAAUAACACUGAGGACCGCAGAGAAUCUGUUAAACUUCCAGAAGAGGAUUGCAUACAACUCAACCCCUCGUUUAAGGCCAUUGCAAUGAACUCUCUUUUGGCGAUUGAUAUAUGCAUGUCCAAAAGGCUUGGGGUUUGCGCAUAUUCUCACUCCUCAUGGGGCAGUGUGCGCUCCAUGGUCAACCUGCUUGCAAUCACUGGUCAUGGCAUCCCUUGGAUUGUUGGCACAAUUAUAUGUCUCACCAGAAGCAACACAAUGGCAGGACAAGAAGUUCUGGUCAAUUUGCUUCUUGCGCUUUUACUGGAUGUAAUGACCGUCGCCGGUAUGCAGAAACUCGUGAAGCGCAAAGGACCCUGGGAGAUGACACCUGGCCUCUUUGAUUACAUAGCGAUGGACAUUUACUCUUUCCCAGCAUCACAUGCAAGCCGAGCUGCCAUGGUAUCCAAGUUCCUUUUGUCACACUUAGUGCUCGCUGUCCCUCUGCGCAUCUUACUGGUGCUGUGGGCUUUCCUGGCCGGCGUGUCCCGCAUCCUUCUUGGCCGCCACCACCUGACAGAUGUGGGAUUUGGUUUUGCAUUGGGCUAUCUCCAUUUCAAUCUAGUUGAAAUGGUGUGGCUGCCCUCCAACACUUGCCAGACUUUAAUCUCCAUCGGGAAACUCAGUUGGAUCCCCUUCUAAUGACAAUAUCAGCAUUUUAGGCAACCCACAAAAGCUUGACAUCCUCCUAUCCCUCAGUCCCUAUUUUUGUUAAUUUCUUCUGUCACAACCACUCACUGGCCCUCAUGUCAUUUUAAAUAGAAGUCUAUGAAGACAUAAUGUAUGUUAAUCACAUUUACCCCUAGAUAAUAAGGUUAUUUUCAGCUUUGACUGAAUUUCUUUCUCCAGUGUAAAUGCAGUAUGCAAGGAAAUGAAUGCAUCCUUGUGACACAUUUCC